GACCAGAGAUCGAUGCCGUUUAAUACAUCUCAGCAACACUGCGCCACCUGUCCACCUCCAGAUCUGAAGAUCAUUUGAGAUUCGGCGCUCCGGUCUUGCACUCGCAGCUUUAGAUUUUGUCCACGUCAUUCGCAGCGAUGGCCUUGAUCAUCUCCAUGUCAGAUGGGGCUCUUGGCCACGUGUAUAGCGAAGCCUCUCUGGACCUUCACUUGUUCCACAUCCGCAUCCCAAAAAUAAUAUCUUCUCUCCCUAUCCCCAACCCUCUCUCUCCUCCUCUCUCUCUCUGUCUCUCUACUUUUCUUCAGAUUCUGCAAUCCAGUCAAUCUUUCUUCUUUGUGCAAUCGGUUUAUGGUUUUAUAAUACUCGUAUACUUGUUUUUCUCCAUAUUUAUUUAUUUAUCCGUUGAUGUUGAAAACUUGUUAUUUUCUGAUCUCUUAUUUUAUCUGCUUCAUCGGGCUCAACAAUGGAGUAUUUGCGUUCGUCUGAUAAUAUUACGAGAGAUUGAAUUCUGAAGAAGGUUUCAUGUACCAUCAUUAAAUAGACCAUGAUAGCUCCUCUAUGAGAGCCCCUGCUGCCACAUUUUCACCUUUUCUGGAACUGGUAGAUGAUAGCUGUUGUGUUGACUGAUGAUGUUAAGGAAGGUAGUUGGCAGUGGACUAGGAUAACCAUAUGUAUUACGAGCAGAAGGAAGUCAGAAAUGGAGUGAUGGGAGAAGGGCAAGGUUCUGGCUCAUCCGAUGAGGAUGAGACUAGGGCAACUAGGGCAGAUGGUGCAGUUGCAGAUGUAGUGAAUGGGCGUGGAGAGGGUAUUCAGGUACAUGAUGGUUUGCAGAUACAACCACCACCUCAAGUUUCUGCUACAAUAAUACGUUGGGAGAGGUUUCUCCCUACUAGGUCGCUGAAGGUUCUUUUAGUGGAAAAUGAUGAUUCUACGCGUCAUGUUGUCAGUGCUCUACUACGGAAUUGCAGUUAUGAAGUCACUGCCGUUGCAAAUGGACUUCAAGCUUGGAAAAUCCUGGCAGAUCUGAAUAAUAAUAUUGAUCUUAUCCUAACAGAGGUAGUCAUGCCCAUUUUGUCGGGAAUUGGUCUUUUAUGCAAGAUUAUGAGCCACAAAACUUUGAAAAAUAUUCCUGUGAUUAUGAUGUCAUCUCAUGAUUCUAUGGGAAUUGUCUUUAAGUGUUUGUCAAAGGGCGCACUUGAUUUUCUUGUGAAACCAAUUCGAAAGAAUGAACUUAAGAACCUGUGGCAGCAUGUGUGGAGGAGAUGCCACAGUUCUAGUGGCAGUGGAAGUGAAAGCGGGACACAGGCAAAAAAAUCUGCAAAGUCGAGAAGUAAUGAUGACACUGAAAAUGAUACCAGCAGUAAUGAUGUGCAAGAUGAUGGUAGUAAUGGACCAAGUAUUCGGGAUGGAAGUGAUAAUGGGAGUGGCACUCAGAUGAACACUUUUAUCUUGCAGAGUUCAUGGACAAAGAGGGCUGCGGAGAAUGAAGGUCUUCAACCAUUAUCACCCUCCUGCCCGCUUGCGGAUGCUCCUGAUAGUACUUGUGCCCAGGUGAUCCAUUUGAAGCCUGAAACAUAUGGCAACAGGUGGGUGCAUGUUACUGAGGCAAAAGAUUGUCCAGACCAGGAUGAACGACUUGAAAAUGCUGCGAUGGGCAAAGACUUGGAAAUUGGAGUAUCUAGACCAGAUUCACGACUUGAGUAUCAGUGUGAGACAUCUUCACACCCAUUGAGCAAAUGGCAAAACAAGUCAUCUGAAGUAGACAGUAAGCCACCUGAUAAUACUCAACUGGAGGUCAAUAAUGAGAAUAUAAGCAGCAUGCGAACAGACGAAGGCCCAAAAUUGAUAAGCUCACUUACUAACUAUUUUAACCCACCAGCUGAAAGCAAAGACGUUGAUGCUUCAAACUAUCCUUUUGACAUAUCACAUGUCAGGGAUAAAGCAGGUUGUGUUUCUGGAGAAUUUCCAUCCUUUGAACUGACUUUGAAAAGGCAUAGAGGAACUGGAGACGGUGCAAAUGCUCUAACUGAUGACUGUAAUGUUCUAAGACAUUCAUCUCUGUCAGCAUUCUCAAAAUACAAUACAGUUUCUUCUGCAAAUCAGGCUCUUACUGGGAAUGUAGGUUCCUGGUCUCCCCUCAACAAUAGUUCUAUUGCAAUGAAGACAGAAAAGAUGCAGCAAAAUCCACCUGAUUUGAAUGGAGCUCCUCUCUAUCAGCAGUUGACUGGAAGUAGCAACAACAAUGAAAUUGCCUCCACUGCAGAAUAUGUUACCCCUAAGCCUGAAGCUUUCAAUGAUCAGUCUGAUUCCACAUCAGCAUUCAAAUCAUUUCAGUCUUCUGCAUUCCAAUCUGUUCAGAAUGAUCGUGUUAGUGCACCUCUGCAAGUGACCCCUGUAAAGUCAGAUGAUUUAGUGGUUGCUGCAGUUCAAGCACAAUGCAGAAGUUCGUACCAGCAGGUCCAAGUCCAGCACCACCACCACCACCACCACCACCAUGAUCAUUAUUAUCACGUCCAUACUAAGCAGAAGCAUCAAUCUCAGCCAGAUCAUGAUGAUACAUCACUGAGGAAUAUGACAUCAACUGCUCCACAAUGUGGGUCAUCUAAUGUGUUAGGAGGUCCCCUUGAAGGUAAUGCUAGAAACUAUAGUACGAAUGGGAGUGCCUCUGGGAGCAACCAUGGUAGUGAUGGGCAAAAUGGGAGCAGCACUGCCAUGAAUGCCGGAGCAACAAAUAUGGAAAGUGACAAUGGGGCUGCUGGUAAUAGUGGGACUGCUGCCAUCAGUGGAAGAGUGAGUGGAAAUGGAACAGAUGAUGACCGCAUUGCACUACGAGAGGCAGCCUUGAAUAAAUUUCGUCAGAAAAGGAAAGAAAGAUGCUUUGAAAAGAGGGUACGAUACCAGAGCAGGAAAAAGUUGGCAGAACAACGCCCUCGUGUCAAGGGACAAUUUGUUCGGCAGAUAAUGUCUGACGACAAAGGGCCCAAUGAUUGUCCUGGCCAUGACCUCACCUCCGAAGACAAUUCCAAUGAGAGUCCUAGAUAACAUUAGAAUGAUGCAGAUUGCUGAUCCAACCCUUGUUCCUGGUUGUGCAUGUUGACCAGUGUAUGCAGUGAAUGGAUUUAUGGUGUAUGACUCUUGGGUCGGAGAUGGUAAUACAUAGCAUUGAGAUAUUUGAUUUGAGUUUCUUUGUAAAACCUUUACAAGCUACGUUUAGCCUGUGUUUUAUGGUUAUGGAUCGUGAUAAUGUACGUUGGACUCGUGUUUGUACACUGUGAUGGUUUUAUUGUAGGCAGCCCUUGAAUAGGGUAACCUCCAUCCAAUUAAUCGGUCACGGUAAUGUGUGUUUCUUAACCUAA